AUGGCACCUUUUAAGAAAAUGCUGCACCUUUGCAUCAGGAGAGUGUCCAGGGAGGCGGAGAGCGGAUACUUUUUGCUACAGGCAGCUGGUUUCCACAAGCACUCUGCAAGUCAGUCUCUGCCAGCAGUUGAGGAAAAUGUGUUGCCUAAGAGCUUUAUUCCCCCGGCAGCGGCGGCUGGAAAGGACACUAAAGUAAAAACCCUGAAGGAGAUGCCAGGACCAAGCACUCUCAGUAAUAUUAUCGAGUUCUUUUAUAAGGACGGGUUCAGUCGGAUCCACGAAAUACAGCUGGAGCACAGCCAGAAGUACGGGAAGAUAUUCAAGUCGCAUUUCGGCCCGCAGCUUGUGGUGUCGAUUGCGGACCGGGACAUGGUGGCUGAGGUCUUGAGGGCGGAGGGCGUGGCCCCUCAGCGCGCCAACAUGGAGUCGUGGAAGGAGUACCGUGACAUGAGAGGGCGUGCCACAGGGCUCAUCUCAGCGGAAGGGGAGGACUGGCUGAAGAUGCGCAGCAUCCUCCGGCAGCUGAUCCUGCGCCCCCGCGACGUGGCCGUCUUCUCCGACGACAUCAACGGCGUGGUGGCCGACCUGGUGAGCAGGGUCCGCGUGCUGCGCAGCCGGCAGCAGGACGGAGUCACCGUGCUCAAUGUCAACGACCUGUUCUUCAAAUACGCCAUGGAGGGCGUGGCCGCCAUCCUGUACGAGAGUAGGCUGGGCUGCCUGCAGGAGGAGAUCCCCCAGCAGAGCCAGGAGUACAUCGCUGCGCUGCACCUCAUGUUCAGCUCCUUCAAGACGUCCAUGUACGCCGGCGCCAUCCCCAAGUGGCUCCGCCCCAUCAUUCCCAAACCCUGGAAGGAGUUCUGCCACUCCUGGGACGGCCUCUUCAAAUUCAGUCAGAUUCACGUGGACAAGAAGCUGUCCGAGAUUCAGGAUCGUCUGGCCUCAGGGCAGGAAGUAAAAGGCGGGCUGCUGACCUACCUGUUGGUAUCCAAGGAGAUGACAUUGGAGGAGAUCUACGCCAACAUGACAGAGAUGCUGCUGGCUGGAGUGGAUACGACCUCCUUCACUCUGUCCUGGAGUAUCUACCUGCUAGCACUACACCCUGAGGUGCAACAGCAGGUUUUUGAAGAGGUGCAACACACACUAGGGACCGAGCGGGUGCCUGUCUCCGAGGACAUUCCCAGAAUGCCCCUCAUCCGAGGACUGGUGAAGGAGACCCUCAGGCUGUUCCCGGUUCUCCCGGGAAACGGUCGGAUCACACAGAGCGAUCUCGUCGUCGGGGGAUACCUCAUACCUGCGGGGACUCAGCUGGCUUUGUGCCACUACUCCACCUCCCACGAUGAGGAGACCUUCCAGGGGGCCACCGAGUUCCGUCCGGAGCGCUGGGUACGGAAGGACGCCACCGACCGGGUCGACAACUUCGGCUCCAUCCCGUUCGGCUACGGCAUCCGCAGCUGCAUCGGCCGGAGGGUGGCCGAACUGGAGAUGUACCUGGCCCUCACUCAGCUGAUCCAGAAGUUCCAAAUUGAAGUGUCCCCGCAAACGCAGCAGGUCCGGGCCAAAACCCACGGACUCCUCACCCCCGGAGCCCCCAUCAACGUCAAGUUUGUGGACCGGCAGUAGGCCCCUCUCCUGCACUUAUCUUCGACGUGUGGUGCGGCUCCAAACUGUAACACCACUCUCAGCGGGACGAGAGCGUCAGCUUUAUCUGUGACGGCAGCACUACACUACAGCCCCACAACUGCUCUCACCCACAGAGCUUAUUCCA